AUGCCUGCAGCAUUUUGUGCUUUUAUUAAGGAUUGGGGUGAUGGAGAUAAUUUGAAACGUGUAUUGUUUUAUAUUAGUAAACAACAUCAUUUUCCACAACGUGCUGCUUGUCUAACUAUUCUGUCGCUGUUAGGCGAGUUAACUGUCGAUUUAUGUGAGAUGUUCAUUGAAGCUUUAUGUGAUGAUCCACAUAUUCAAAAUACUUGUUACAAAUGCAUAACACAUAUUCGUUCUAUUAAAGAUGAACAGCUCCUUCUUCAUCUUUCUCAAUUAUCUCUUAUUCCAUUUCAACAAGCUCAAAUAAUAUUGAAUGAUACUAUGUUAGAUCCUAGUUCUAAUGAAGAUCUACGGUUAAUUGAAGAACAAGACGGUGUUUGGAUAAAUUGCACAUAUUACUAUGCUGGUCCAUUGAAAGAUAUUAUUUGUUCCCUUCUCGUUCAGCAAAUUAUUGGUGAUGCAAAUGAACCUGUUCGAAGAAAUGAAUUCAAUGAUAUUGACUUGAAUUUCAUUGAAUCUGAAAAAUCAUCACAUUUAGUUUCAUGUCUUUAUGAAACCAAAACUGAAGAAGAUGCAGAACCUGAGAGCCCUCUAGCACCGACCGAUUUAAAUGACGGUGGUUACGGCUGA